AUGGAAAAGACACGCAAUGUACAGCAGGGCAGCUCGGCAGCAGUCAGUACACGACUGCUAGCGGGUGGCAUGGCAGGGGCAACAGAGACAAUGAUAACGUAUCCCUUUGAGUUUGUCAAAACUCUUCGCCAGUUGCCUAAAAGCAAAGUCACGCCCCAGCCUUCGUCCUUUUCCCUCCUUCGUUCCACAGUUCGCACCCAUGGCAUCCCUGGACUAUACGCGGGCUGCACUGCUCUCGCGACCAGCAAUGCACUCAAAGCUUCGGUCAGGUUUUUUGGCUUCUCCAGCGGUAAAAAGCGGUUCACGUCAUUGGAGAUCUUCAAUGAGAAUACAGCAACGAUGCUGGCUGGCGUCGCAGCUGGGACUGCAGAGUCGGUUCUUGUCGUUACACCAGCCGAGUCCCUGAAGACAAGGAUGAUCGAGGCAAAUAGGCGCGGCGCAGAGCUUGUAAACCCGAGCAUAGCCAGGAUGGCGAAGGAAAUUAUAGAAAAGGACGGCGUCGGCGGCUUCUGGAGAGGCACUGCGCCGGUGAUAGGUAAACAGGCUGUGAAUUCUGGGGUGAGAUUCACGACCUUUGGCAUGCUACAGCGCGAGGUUGCGGAACGAUGGCCUGAAGCUGCUGGGACGGUCGGCACAACGUUGGCGAUCGGCGCCCUGAGUGGGAUUGCGACUGUAUACGCCUCGAUGCCAUUCGAUAACGUCAAGACGCGCAUUCAAAGUGCUGGACACGCACAUAAUGGUAUGCUUGACUGUGCAACAGAUAUUGCGCGGAAGGAAGGGUUCAGGGCUUUUUGGCGAGGUACGACGCCGCGACUCAUGCGAUUAAUGCUUUCAAGCGGCAUAACAUUCACAGUAUAUGAACAAGUCGUUCAAUUCGUCAGUUGGAAGCCGCCAAUAUGA